CCGAGCAGAGUCCUCAUUGGUUCACUGGACGGAAAGCGUCAGAAACGCCCCAUGAACUUCUUGCGCAGCAGCUGCACAACGCUGCAGGUAUUAGCGCAGGUAUAAUCCUAAUAGAAUUGUUUUUGAGAAAUAACUAUGGAAGCUAAAUUAAAGAAGGAGUUGGGGACUACUCUGCUGAAGUCAACUGGUCACUCAGGAGGUGGCUGUAUCAGUGAGGGCCAGAGUUAUGAUACCGACACCGGGAGAGUGUUUGUGAAGAUCAAUCACAAGAGCGAGGCCAAAUUGAUGUUUGAUGGGGAGAUGGCCAGUUUGGAAGCCAUUUUAAAAACAGAAACUGUUAAAGUUCCUAAGCCUGUGAAGGUGAUUGAGCUUGACAGAGGAGGAUGUGUAUUUGUGAUGGAACAUCUGGACAUGAGAGGUCUUAGCAAGUACUUAAAGCACCUAGGAGAGCAACUGGCAGAUCUGCAUUUGCACAACAAGAGACAGUUGGAAAAAUUAAAUAAAGAGCAGCAGACAGUGGGAAAAGGAGCUGGACAGUCAGAGGUGGCUGUUGAAAAAUUUGGCUUUGACGUAACAACAUGCUGUGGAUAUCUCCCACAGGAAAAUGAAUGGCAGGAUGACUGGUUGGCAUUUUAUUCCCGGCAGAGACUGCAGUAUCAGCUCAACAUGGUGGAGAAAUCUUAUGGAGACAGGGAGGCCAGAGAACUAUGGUCUGAGCUACAGCUGAAGAUCCCUCAGUUUUUCACAGAUGUGGAGAUUGUCCCCGCUCUUCUCCAUGGAGACUUAUGGGGAGGCAAUGUUGCAGAGUGUGCAGAAGGCCCAGUCAUCUUUGAUCCAGCCUCCUUUUAUGGCCAUUCAGAGUUUGAGCUGGGUAUUGCAGGGAUGUUCGGUGGUUUCAACAAGUCUUUUUACUCUGCCUAUCAUGAAAAGAUUCCUCAAGCACCAGGCUUUGAAAAGAGAAACCAGCUUUACCAACUCUUCCAUUAUCUGAAUCACUGGAACCACUUUGGUGGAGGCUACAGGGGCUCUUCAAUAAGGAUUAUGAAGACCCUAUUGAAAUAACCGCACUCACAUUAACUUGUGCACAUCUUCACAGUCUUAAGCUCUAGCCAAGUAUUAUGUAUAUAUUGAGAGAUGCUAAUUUGACCAAAAACAGUGUGGCUAACUGUUGAGGAGAUAACUUUCUAUAAUGUUCUAAUUUAGUGCGCAGAAAACAAUUAACACAACAAAUUAAUUCUCUCCUGCCUGAGCUUGCUGGUAUGCUACCUAUCAUUUUAAUUUUUGUUUUGUAAUUUUUGUUUGUCUGUCCUUUGUUUUAGUCCUUGCCCAUAUUUGACAACUUGCCUGACUGAAUUAUACUGCUCUGUGAAGGUAUUCUGAUUUUAUCAAUGAAUGCUAGAGUGUAUACUUUUAUGCACAUCAUAAAAGCCUGGCUGAUACACUACAUUAUGUAAUGUUACAGCAUGAAUUAGUGUUUAUUUUCAGACAGUUUCCAUUCACUGCUUAACGAACAAUAAAUCCUGUGAUGAUA